CGGGGAUCCUUGUCCAAGUCACGUUAUGAUGGAAAGAUUAGAAAUCUGUUCUGUAGUAUUUAUUGAGUGGCAUCUUCCUCGUAAAAAUUUCUCAUCGGGUUUACCCAAGGUCGUGUUGUGUUGCUAAAGACAAAACUAAAGCAGAACAUAUCAGAAGGUAGUAAGUUGCAAUACUGGCUAUAAAGUUACUCAUAGAAUAUGUAUAGGUAAUGUAAGACGUGGACACCGAAAGUAUGAUAUAACGAUUUAGUGAUAACCAAUACCAAGAACCUAGCUGUUAUAAGUCUACAAAAAACUGCUUUACACAUAUAUACCUUGAGUUUGUUCCACAACAGCAACUUCAAAAGAAGAGAUAGAGAAAAAAGAUAAGAGAAAGAAAGAAAGAGCCAUGGCUCUCAACAACACCGCUCCAGAAUGGUGGCCCUUCUUUUCCACCGGCAGCCCGAUGCCAACAACCACAACCACAACCAUCAUCCUCGGCCUCCUCCUAACCCUCUACAUCCUAACCUCCCACCUCUCCUCCCUCAAAAUCCACCCCCACGAACCCCCCGUCCUCCCCCCCAGCAUCCCCAUCAUCGGCCACGUCCUCAACAUCGCGCUGCUCGGCGGGCGCUACAUCAAGCGUCUCGGCCUCACGCACCCCUCCCUCCCCAUCUUCACGCUUCCCGUACCAGGCGGCUCGCGUCUGUACAUAGUCACAGACCCAACCCUCGCAGCAGCCGUGCAGCGCGCAUCCCGCGCCCUCUCCUUCACGCCCCUCAUCCCCGACGUCACGGCGCGCGUCCUCGGCCUCGAUGACGCCACAGUGGCCAUCACCCGGCGCGACCUAGACCCGGGACCAGGCGACCCUCACGGCUUCCUGGCGGAUAUCCAGGAGAUGGUGUACCUGUGGCUCGGGCCGGGGGACUACCUGACUGAAGUGACGCUGGCGGCCGUGCGCGAGAUGCGCGACGAGAUCGCUGUUGCCGCCGCCGCCGCCGCCGCCGCUACACAAACAACAUCCCUCCUCCCCUGGGUCCGCCACCUCGUCGCCUCCUCAACCGCGACCUACCUCUACGGGCCCCUCAACCCCCUCGCGCAGGACCCGUCCCUCGAGGCCGCCUUCUGGGACUUCGACCACGGGCUCAGCGGGUUGCUCCUCAACCUCGCGCCGAGCAUCACCGCGCGCCGCGCCUACGCGGGGCGCGAGAGGUUGGUCGCCGCGCUUUUCGAGUACUUGGAAGCUGGGCGCCACGAGGAAGGUGCGUCGAGGAUCGUGCAGGAGCGCGUGCGCAUCGCGCUGCGCCACGGGUGGACGCUGCGGGCGGUGGCGCGCGAGGAGCUCUCGUUUCUGUUUGCGGGGAUCGUGAAUGCGACGACGUCGGCGUUUUGGAUUUUGGUGCAGUUGUAUGCGGAUCCGGUGUUGUUGGGGGUUGUGAGGAGGGAGGUUGAGAACGUUCUGGAGAGUGAGAGUGAGGGUGAGGGUGAGGGUUAUGCUGAUAAGAACGGGAACGGGAACGGGAACGAGAACGGGGAUGGGGAUGGGGAUGGGGAUAUGGAUAGGAAUGGGGAGUCAACGACCAAUAAAAAGCAAACCAACCCUAAAAGAACCCUCCGCAUCACACACCUCAAAGACGAAUCCCACUGCCCCGUCCUCGUCGCCGUCUACCGCGAGUGCCUGCGCCUCGGCUCCGACACCUACUCGACACGCCUCGUCAAGGAGGAUUUCCUCCUGGCGAACCAGUACUUCCUGAAGAAAGACGCGGUCGUGCAGAUCGCCGGCGGCGUCAUCCACGGCGACCGACGCAUCUGGGGCGACGACGUCGAUGAAUUUAACCCGAGACGGUUUCUCGCGGAUCCCGAGGCGGCGCUGGAUCCCGAGAAUCGGCACCGCUCGCGUGAGGGCGGCGGGGGAGGAAGAGCAGACGGUGGCGGGGCCACCAACAAAAACAACACCGCCUACCACCCAGCAGCCUUCCGCGCCUUCGGCGGCGGCAAGACGCUCUGUCCCGGGCGCCACUUCGCCAUGAACGAGAUCCUGGCCUUCGUCGCCCUCGUCGUGCUGCGGUUCGACAUGCGAUCGCCGCCGAGUGGAAAAGAAGACAAAGACAGCAGCAACAAGAAGAAGAAGGAGAAGAAGAUCGAGGUUCCGAAGAAGAACGACGGCGUGUUGCCGGUGCAUAUUUUGGAGCCGGUGAGUCCUGUUGAGGUGGUUAUUUCGAGGCGGGAGGGCUUGGUGGGGGGUAUGUUGGGGGAGGGAUUGGAUGUUGAGAUUGUUAUGUGAUGCCUGCCUAGUGAGUAGGUAGGUAGGUAGGUAGGUGAUGAUGGAGAUGGAAACAGGGGAUGGGCUACGAACGGUAAUAAGAGUCGCUACGAUGGAUGGUUAAUGAGGUAUGUAUGGAUUACGAGAGCGAUAUUUCUUAAUGGAUACCUAGGCAUCAGAGGAUCACAACGGAACAGGGAAAUUAAUGGGUAGCAACGUUUACAGUCUGAUUAAUCUUCGGUGCUAGCUUACACCUUACCUGCAAUACAAUGACCCUCUACUCUACUGAGUAAAGGGCCCCCCCAUAGGGGAUACAGGAACAAUAAUAAUACAUGUGUUAGUCCAUCUUCUCUCUCUCUCGAGCAUCAUGCCGUGCAGUGCAAUAUUGACAUAACGAUCUUGGCAUCGCGAGAGUGAAACAGAACAGGACUGUUAGCAACGAGUAUCCUUCUCAUGGCCUUCUUUCUGGAGUCACACUGGCUUCCAGUACAGCAAAACAGCUUGAU